AGUUGUGUGCUGACUGUCGCAGUGGGAACACCACAUUGUGCUCCGACUUUUUUUUUACACAAAUACCUCUCUUUAAGCCCGUCUACCGCGCACUCCUUCGCGGCCACCUUGCUCUAACAAAACAGCUGCGGUACGUGUGUGCGCAUCCUUGUUGGGAAAAAAAUUAAAGUUGAGUUUUUUUUUAAAGGAAAAGCUAAAAAAGAGUGAUUUUUUUCUAUUGAUGUAGAACAUGUAAAAAAAAGGGAGAAUAUUUCUUAAAAAUAAGAAAAAGGACUAUUCUGCUAUUCCGGGAUUGUAUUGUAAGGACCAGUGCGUUUGGGAUUAGGGCGUCGGCUUGUGAUUUUUAAAUUUUUCCGUUUUUAUCAUUUUUUUUGAACAUAUGUGGAAAAUCUCAGUGAAAAUGAUGACAAUUCUCUGACAUAUUUUUUCCUGCCAAGGAUAUCGGAAUCCUUAGAAGAAAAAAAAAAACAUAUACAUAGACUCAUUGUGUGGGGACGAAGUAAAGAAAAUCCACGUAAAAGAGAACGAGUGAUAAUGUCCCGGGAGAGCUAAUAAAUUCCUCCAUUGAGCACUGCCUGGGAUCCUUAAUUGAUUUUUUAUUUAAACCUAAGUGUGGUGGUGCAAUUUUUGCGGAAACCUCCACCGCAUCUGCCCAAGUGAGAGUGCGGGAUUUUGGGUAUAUCCUACUACAUAUAUAUAGGUAGUACAAACCACCCUCGCCAGACAUCACAAUAGUCAUCAUAUAUGGUAAUGGCAGAGAUCGGUGGCCCUCUGGCUCACCAGCUUCCCUUGCAUAAUCAUCGCGGUGGACUCGUGCAACCGUCUCUGGUGAUGAACCAUCACUUGGAUCUGGAUUGUCAUGGGCAUGACAUUAAUCCCAAGAAACAACGAUUAUCCCUGUGCGUGGGAUGUGGUGGUCAAAUUCACGAUCGUCAUAUUCUACGAGUUGCACCGGAUCUCGAAUGGCAUGCGGCGUGUCUCAAGUGUCAGGAAUGUCGCCAAUUUCUAGAUGAAAAUUGCACGUGUUUCGUCCGCGAAGGCAAAACAUACUGCAAGAGAGAUUACGUUAGGUUAUUUGGAACAAAAUGUGAUAAAUGUGGUAGUUCUUUUAGUAAAAAUGACUUUGUAAUGAGGGCAAAGACAAAAAUUUAUCAUAUUGAUUGUUUUCGCUGUUCAGCAUGUGCCCGACAAUUAAUACCAGGAGACGAAUUUGCUUUAAGAGAUGGCGGUUCUCUGUAUUGCAAAGAGGAUCAUGACGUGAUAGAAAAGAGCGCCCAAAGUACUAUACCCCCAUCGUUAGAAAGUAAUAAUAACAACAAUAACAAUACAAAUUUAAGCAAUAACAAUCAUUCCAGUGAGCUCGGUUCAAUGUCAGACUCUGGAAGUGAAUCCGGCUCCCACAAGAGUAUCCGAGAAAAGAGACCAAGUGGUCCAUCGGGUGAUGGGAAACCAACGCGGGUUCGGACAGUACUCAAUGAGAAGCAACUCCAUACACUCAGAACGUGCUACAAUGCCAACCCACGACCCGAUGCCCUCAUGAAGGAGCAACUUGUAGAGAUGACAGGACUCUCACCCCGCGUCAUUCGUGUGUGGUUUCAGAACAAGCGCUGCAAAGAUAAGAAGAAAACAAUACAAAUGAAACUGCAGAUGCAGCAAGAGAAGGAUGGCCGUAAAAUGGGCUAUGGAGCUAUGCAAGGAAUCCCAAUGGUGGCCAGUUCACCGGUGCGUCACGAUUCCCCGCUCAAUUUGCACGGGCUGGAAGUGACGGCGUACCAACCGCCGUGGAAGGCCCUCUCGGACUUUGCCUUACACGCCGACCUGGACAACAAUGGGGCCGUGAAUACCCACACGCCGGCCUUCCAGCAUCUCGUCAACCAGAUGCAUGGUUACGAUAUCAGUGGAAUGCCUACGGCUCAGGGACCUCCACCGCAGAUGAAUGGACCCCCAAUGGAUGGGAGUCAUCAUCCCGACAGUACAGAUUCGUACGUAACGUAUCUCGAGAGUGACGACAGUAUGCAGGGUAGCCCAUAGGCAUAGUUGUGUGCUCAAAGAUGGUCCCCGUGGGGGCUUUUCUGCAAGUCAAAUGCGCAAAAUGCAUUAGUCGUCAAUAAAUGAAAAUGCAUUCAAAAGAAGAAAGAAAAAAAACACGAUUAAAGAUUUCACUACUUAUAGGAGAGAAUUAAUUUUUGCGAUUUAUAUUGUAAAUACUGUGACAAAAAAUACCAAUAAUUUAAUUUAAUUAAAUGAAGAAAAAAAGGAAAACUUAUCAAGAUUUUAAUUUCAAAAGUCUUUAUCUCUUGCAGCAAAAUGAGGAGAUAAAUUGAAUGAAGUUGCAAUGAGAAAGUGGAAUUUUAUUCAAAAUGGCCGCAAAUUAUUGCAUCAAGUCGCUCAGUUUGCACUCAUUCCACUCAUUUAAUCAUUUUCUAUUUAGAACCUUUUAAAAGUCUGAAACAAUUUGCAAAGAAACAAACUUUAACAAAAAUAAUUAAAAAGACAAAAA